AUGUCCUGCCUAGAUCUUCCAGCAAACAAGCCUACUGCCAAUAUUGAAGUCCCUAGGAAACCACCAGGCCCAGGAUAUCGAAAGGUCCCAUCUGCCGCGUCUUUCUAUCCUCCAAAUCGCCCGAAAGCAGACACGUCUUUCCAGAGAAAACGAAGAUCCAGCGUUGGUGAUAUCACUUGUCUUCCAUUUAGCCUUAGCAAGUCCGAGUCCCUGGCAUCAGUAUCCCGUUUCUUCAAAACCGGUUCAUCGAAUAACGCGAAGAAAGAAACUACAGCCAGGUCAGUUUCUAGAUCAUCAUUCAGCAGCAACAUCGCGCUUUUACGCUCCGCAUUUGGAGGCAAACAGAACAGCAUGAAGGAAUACGAAGACACGUUUGAAGAACCCUUUGAAGAUGAUGAUUCCAUGGACGGUUUCGAUAAGCCUAUUAUCUCGUUUCGUGGAGGUUCUGCAUGGCAGGCUCUCGAUCUGAACUGUGAAGUUCUCGCAUUGGACCUAUUUUGGCCAACUAGGAAAAACAGUCCCUUUGACAACCCAUUUCGCCCGGAUAUCAUACCGGUCGAAGAACUUGCUUCACUUUGCAACUUUAGAAACCUUCGAAAGCUCAAAGUGACUGGAAUGUCGCAGUCUUAUCAAAAGUACAUUUGGCAGACCGUGUGGCUUAACCCAGGCCUUGAAGAAUUAGAGCUAGAGAUGGCUCUUGAACCUUGUAUUCGACGCACUUUCAACGCAGAUUGGCCAUCUAUCAAGGGGGAUUGGUCGUACCGUACCGCCGAUGAGAUGCCCGGGGUAUAUUAUGGAGAAUCUGGAGAAGGAGAAUUGCACAGACGUGCUGGAGUCGGUGAAUAUCUAGACAAAGAAUCCAUUGGGGAAGCAAAGAUUAGAGCUCUGGCAAUGGGAUGUACCCUCGACCGUUUACCAAUCGUCAAGAUAAGCCUCACUGGCUUCGUUGUCGACGCUGACCCAUUCUUCAUGUGGUUCAACCCACACCGUCUCCGAGUAAUCAACUUCAAGAACGACUGCGUUGAUGCAGGAUUUGCGCUCCCACGCUUCAUGUCCGACCGAGUUGUCGUAUCUUGGCCAAAUACCGUGGCGGAAUAUGCUAUGCAGGUCCGACAUGUCAAACCUGGAGAGGUCAAACUUAUCGAUAUCCCGAAAAGGAAAAACAAGGGGCCGGCUCAGGCCAAACUUGUUGAAAUCCCCAAGAAGGGGAAGAAUCCAGCCAGCAAAGCAGAUGAGACAAAGCUUGUCAACGAGAAGGUCAGCGAGUGGCGAAAAGCCAGCAUCGGCAAAGAAAAUGCAGACAUCGAGAAGGCACCAGCGUGCUUCCCAGAGAACGACGACGGUCUCAGCCGCCGUCCUGCACUUCGCAUCAAAGGCUCCGCGAGAGCCUCGACGCCAACGAACAAGAAGUAA